CAUCGUCUAAAAGUUAAAACUAUCCAAACACAGACCGGGAACAGCCACAGCGAACAGACAAACCCAUUCACGUAUAUAUAUAUAUAUAUAUGGAAUCCAAUCCAAAUUUCCAAAAUCCCUCAUCACUCUGAUUCAUUCAUUCUCCAUCUCUCACUCUCCUUCCUCAUUCUAUCCAAUCCCCAAACCACACACCACAAAAACUAACUGAACACACACAGGCUCAGAGAGACAGAGAGAGAGGGAAUGGGGACUGGUGCGUCCAAGAGGACGGAGGAUGGCUGGCAUGGAGGUGAGGAGCCGGAGGAGGAGGAGUAUUUGGACCAAGGAGGCGGCCAGCUGUACGUGUCGUUGAAGAUGGAGAACAAUUUCAAGCUCAAGAAAGGCGACCUCUUUCCUCACGUCUUCGGCUCCGUCCCUCUCGUUGGCUCUUGGGAUUCUUCCAAAGCUCUUUCUAUGGAGCGUGAGUCGGCGUCGAUGUGGGAACUGAGCUUUGUUGUUCCUCCCAACCAUGAAACUUUGGAUUUCAAGUUCCUUUUGAGGCCAAAGUAUAGCAAUGCACCUAGUGUUGUCGAGGAGGGUCCGAACCGCCAACUCAUAGGAGGGGCCUUGCAAGGGGAUCAAAGGCUGGCUCUAUUUAGGAUUAGCAGUGACGAGGUUCUUGAGUACCGGGUGUUCAUUAAGGCGGAUAGGGUAUCUCCUUUUGAUCUUGCAGCGAGUUGGAGGGCUUAUCAGGAGAACCUUAGGCCUUCUGCCGUUCGCGGAAUUCCUGAUGUCAGUUUAGGUACAGUGCCAGAGAUAGGUGCUGAGAAUGGCUCUUCAACUAGUUUGGAGCUUGAUCUCGAACAUUAUGUUGUUCCAGCUCCUUCAACUUCUGCCAAUUCAGGCCUUGUUUAUGCAGCUAACAUGACAGAGACUCCAAGGUCAUUAAGUCUUACUGGGAUCUUUACUAAUGCUGAUGGUUCUACCAGUUUUUCACAUUCCUUCAAGGAUAGUGGUGCUUCAGUGGAUCGACAUGUACCUCUAAAGGACAUGGAGGUUGUUAUCCCAGAUUCAUCAAAGCUGUAUUCUUCAUCUGGGAUGGUUGAAUCAAAGUCAAUGGGAACAUUUUCACCUUUCCAAAGGCAAGACAGUCACAGGGGCCUCUUUGUAGAUAGGGGUGUUGGAUCUCCUAGGCUAGUGAAAUCCUCUAGUACUAGUACUUUCUCUACAGAACCCAGAUCGGACAAAGAAAAAAAGAAUUCAAUGCCAGAAGCUGCUGGAGCUGUUGCAGCUGCAGCCGUAGCUGAUCAAAUGCUCGGUCCAAAGGAAGAUAGUCAUUUGGCAAUUGUCCUGGUUGGUUUGCCAGCUCGUGGAAAAACUUUUACGGCAGCUAAACUUACAAGGUAUCUCCGCUGGUUGGGUCAUGAUACCAAGCACUUCAAUGUUGGAAAGUACCGCCGUCUUAAACAUGGGGCUAAUCAGAAUGCUGAUUUUUUCCGAGCUGACAACCGUGAAGGCAUGGAGGCACGUAACGAGGUAGCAGCCCUGGCAUUUGAUGACAUGGUUUCUUGGAUGCAAGAAGGUGGCCAGGUAGGAAUAUUCGAUGCCACAAACAGUACAAGUAAACGCAGGAACAUGCUCAUGAAAUUGGCUGAAGGAAAAUGCAAGAUUAUUUUUCUGGAAACUUUAUGUAAUGAUGAACGCAUUAUAGAAAGAAAUAUACGUCUGAAAAUUCAACAAAGUCCUGACUACGCAGAAGAGCCAGAUUUUGAGGCUGGAUUACAGGACUUUAAAAGCCGACUGGCUUAUUAUGAAAAAGUUUAUGAGCCAGUAGAAGAAGGAUCAUACAUCAAAAUGAUUGAUAUGGUCAGUGGACAUGGAGGGCAAAUACAAGUGAAUAAUAUCAGUGGCUAUCUUCCUGGACGAAUUGUUUUUUUCCUGGUGAAUACGCAUCUCACGCCCCGCCCUAUAUUACUUACUAGGCAUGGAGAGAGUAAGGAUAAUGUUAGAGGCAGAAUUGGAGGAGACAAUCCUUUGAGUGAUACUGGAGAAAUUUAUGCAAAGAAACUUGCUAACUUCGUUGAAAAGCGACUGAAAUCAGAGCGGGCCGCUUCUAUUUGGACUAGCACGCUGGAGCGAGCAAUUUUGACAGCAAGUCCCAUCGUAGGAUUUCCCAAGAUACAAUGGCGUGCACUGGAUGAGAUAUAUGUUGGUGUGUGUGAUGGAAUGACGUAUGAAGAGAUAAAGAAAAACAUGCCAGAGGAGUAUGAGUCACGUAUGAAAGACAAACUGAGGUAUCGGUAUCCUCGUGGAGAAUCUUAUUUAGAUGUUAUCCAAAGGUUAGAGCCUGUAAUCAUUGAACUCGAACGACAGCGUGCGCCUGUUGUGGUUAUAUCUCAUCAGGCUGUUUUGAGAGCAUUAUAUGCGUACUUUGCUGAUAGGCCUCUGAAAGAGAUUCCACACAUUGAGAUGCCUCUUCAUACCAUAAUAGAGAUUCAAAUGGGAGUUACAGGUGUCCAGGAGAAAAGAUACAAACUCAUGGACUGAAAAUUCUUACAUGCAACUUUUGUUUGUAAUUUGGAAGUGCUUGAAAAUUUCCAUUUUCAAAGUUUCUUAAAUUGCCCAUUGGUUAACAUAAUGUAGCAAUGUCUCAACUGUAUCUACAAUAAUCAGUAAUCCAAAAUAUGUGCCUAGCUACCAAUUCCCCGAUUGAUUCUAAUGAGGUUAACCUCUAUGUAAUUCUUAUUGUCUUAGCAUAAAAAUGUAAUUCUUUUUUAUUUGAAUAUUCUCUAUGCAGGUUGAGAAAAUCUCAGUUCUGCCCAAUUU